UAUUUUAUUUGUGCCAUUUUAGUGACAGAUUGUCCAUCAUUUUUUCGAAAUGAUAGCACGCAGUGAUUUACAAGUAUGACAAGCAUGGGUAUUAUAACAAGCGCCGUUAUUAUCGUUUUUAUGUUAUGUACGUUGUGCACUUAAUCACAGCUAGACAUUUCGCGGAACAUUUCGUGCAUAUGCAUAUACGCGAAACGAAUAUAUAUAACAAAGCGACAACAAAACGGACACCGUAAUCAGUGAGCGAACGCCGAGCGAAACAAACAGUUCUCCUUACGACGACUGCAUUGCACGAAAAAUGAACAUACCGGGGUCCCAGGUACCACAAGCACCGUGUUCGUCGCCCUUCGUAGGCGGGCCUUCGUUGACCGACGUCUGCGACGCUAAUUCCGCUACUUUGUUUCUGGCUAUGUUGAACACGUUGUGUACGUACAACACAAUAAUUAACGGUGUGUGCGAGCGAAUCAGGCCCAUCAAGAAACCGCAGCUUAGUUACGACUUCAUUGUCGUUGGAGGUGGUGCAGCAGGAUCGGUCGUGGCCGCUAGACUGAGCGAAAUUGAAAACUGGAGUGUGCUGCUUGUGGAAGCUGGACCGGACGAGAUAGCUGGCAUGCAAAUACCGAGUCACCUUCAGCUCUACCUCAACACCGAUCUGGACUGGCGAUAUAAAACUACGAAUGAAUCGUACGCCUGCCUGAAAUAUAACGGUAGCUGCAGCUGGCCCAGAGGUAAAAAUCUCGGCGGGUGCACCACCCAUCAUGGUAUGGCAUACCAUCGAGGACACGCGAAAGAUUAUGACAGAUGGGAAGAGAUGGGAAACGAGGGAUGGUCAUGGCAAGAUGUACGAAGCAAGAAAAGAUUAUUGUCAAGAUCUUUCCCUCCGUUGCUUUAAUUGAUCUACACAUACGAAUUAAACUCUCUGAUUGCUUUCAUUAAUAGAUUCCCCUGGCAACCGCAAUUCGCUUGGGACAUAAUGACAGCGGCAGAGGAGGCAAGUUUGGGAAUCAGCGAGGACUUAGUAGGUCAAAAUAUCACAGGAUUCACCGUGGCGCAAACGAUCAGCGAAAGCGGCGUCAGACGUAGCGCAGCCAGGGCCUAUUUAUGGCCGCACAGAAGUCGCAAAAACUUGCACGUAGCUCUGAACGCGACGGCGACGAAGGUCAUUACGAAAAAAAUUCUAUCAAAAGUGACAGCUGAGGGAAUCACGCUCAUUAUGAAUGGCAACCGACAGUACACCGUAAAGGCGAGGAAGGAGGUGAUCCUCUCGGCCGGCACCAUAAAUUCACCUCAACUUCUGCUCCUGUCGGGCAUCGGGCCGAAGAGUCACCUGGAUUCCGUAGGGAUUCGCACAGUUGUCGAUCUACCGGGAGUCGGCGAAAAUCUUCACAACCACGUGUCGUUCGGCCUAGAUUUCACUCUCAAUCAGGAAAAUGAGAAUUUGCUGAAUAUGGACAAUGCCGAAAUGUAUUUGUACAAUCAAACUGGCCCGAUGUCGUCCACGGGUUUGGCUCAGGUCACCGGGAUUCUGGCAUCCAACUACACUACCGCGGAUGAUCCGGACAUUCAGAUCUUCUUCGCCGGCUACCAAGCCAUUUGCAACACUGGUGGCAGAAUUGCGGACUUGGAAACGUACGAUAACAAACAGACAGUUAGAUUUACAGCCGUAAAUCUUCAUACGUUAAGUAGAGGUCGAUUGACGCUCGCCUGCAAAGAUCCUUUGGAGCAUCCGAUUAUUUGGAGCAACGAUCUGGCGCAUCCGCAAGAUCGAGCAAUUCUUUAUCAGGGCGUUCAACAAAUCUUAAAACUGUCGAAGACAAAAGCGAUGCAAAAGCACGGUUUGAGGAUGAUAGUCGAGUACAUUCCGGAAUGCGAACAAUACAAGAAAGAUGGAGAGAUGACUUAUGAGUAUUGGGACUGCCAGUUCCGAUACAACACCAGGCCCGAGAAUCAUCAAGCCGGCACUUGCAAAAUGGGCCCUUGCUCAGACCCUAUGGCUGUCGUUGACCCAACUCUGAAAGUUUACGGAAUAAGUGGCCUAAGAGUGGCCGAUGCGUCUAUUAUGCCGAGAAUGAUUUCGGGCAAUCCUGUAGCUCCAGUCAAUAUGAUCGGCGAAAGAGUCGCUGAUUUCAUCAAGAAUGACUACAAAAAGUUCAAGAGAGCGAACAAGAUUAAAUAAGGAUUAUAUUUUCAUGCCAAAAGAUUAGAAAUCGAGUUCUUAUUCCCACCGAUUAAUAGAUCUUAUAAUAGACCUUUAUAAGCAUGACAAUUAUAAGCAUAACUUGAGAUAUUUAAUAAAAAAACAUGUUUCUAUUUA